AAGCUCCAACGUGGCCCCUGAGUCGAGCGAGUCCAAGCAUGUCAGCAAUCCUGUGGCGGUGAAAUUGAUUUUUAUCUUAAAUUCCGACUCCUCAACAAACUUACGAAGACAAACAAUCCAACGAAAUCAACGGAGAGACAGAUUCGUGGAACGCUUUCGAAUACGAGGAUACAGUGGACUCAAAACUCCAGUUUCACGAAAUAGAUCCUGAUGAUGAGCUCUGCGUUCGAGCAAAUUUUUUCUCCUGCAGUUCUCAGCUCGUCUCGGGACAUUAUAGAAGCAUGAGCUGGUUGAGAAAGCGAUUGUCGAACUCUGGUGCAGGAGACAUCGCCUCUGCUGCUGAUCGGAAGCCGAAAUUCGUCUUCAGAAGCCAACUCUACAAGGUGAAAUUCUGUUAAGAGGUACGUGAAUGGAUAGCAAUUGAAAGUAAUGGAGGGAGGAAUUGCGGAUGCGGGCAAUUCGCCCGCAGAUGAAGAACAGAUCCAGAUCCAGGAGAGCUCGCUGCGUGCGCACGUACUAGUUAUCCCUUUGAGUAUAAUCUCGGUUUCGCAUGUCACCUCGGCCGUGUUGCUGUCAGCCAAGCUCGCCAAGCAAGACAUCACUGUCACAAUCUUCACGGACCGAUACAUGCUGCCACACAUCCACUCGCUUCAUUCGCCCGAAGCGCUGCAAAGUCUCGACAUUCGGUUGGCCAUUAUGGACCACGAUGAGUCGGAACGUGAGUUGCAUGAAGACUGGAGCAGACCAUUUAAGGACUCGUACGCCGUGAUGCGAGCUGCAGAACCUUAUUUUCAAAAUAUGGCCUCUGCCCGAUCCUCAGGAGCUGCCGGCCUACCCACAUGCGUCAUAGCAGACAUGUUCUGUCUUUGGGCUCAGAAACUUUCACAGGAACAGAAUCUACCAUGUUACGCGUAUUUUCCUAGUGGUGCAAAUUUCGCUUGUCUUCUUCAAGCGUUUCCGGCUCUCAUUUCGGAAGGAAGGUUGAGAGUGGGAGCGAAUGGCAAAUUCAUCAAAAGCAAACAGACUAUCACCGUCCCUGGUCUUCCACCUCUUUUGGACGUAGAGCUGCCAAAUUCCACCAAAAUAAACCCUGUCUCGGUGACAACGAAAGCGGGACUGGAUUUGUCGAAAGUAAACGGUGUGAUCAUCAACACCUUCUACGAAUUGGAAAGUCAUGCCAUUGAAGCCUUCUUGCAGGCUUGCGAUCCUACGUUGCAUGUUCCUAAAGUGUUCACGAUUGGGCCGCUUGCAGCAGCAAGAACUGAAGCUGCUGCGCGAGAGGGAGAAAGAGAGGAAUGUUUGGAGUGGCUGGACCGUCAGCCUGUCUCCUCUGUAGUAUACAUCUGCUAUGGUAGCAUGGCAAAGUGGACAGCGGAAAGUCUUCGUGAAUUAGCCCUUGCACUGGAGGCAAGCCAAUGCCGAUUUCUAUGGGUUCUUUACCAGGAGAGCGGUGAUGAUUUGGUUCAUGCACUUCCAGCACAAUUCCUGGAACGAGUGGGCCAACGUGGCAGGGUAGUCACUUACUGGGUACCUCAAGUUCAGAUUAUUCAGCAUCAAGCUCUCAGCUGCUUCAUGUCACAUUGUGGUUGGAACUCCACCGUAGAAAGUAUAUCCGGAGGAGUGCCCAUGCUGUGUCUGCCCCUUGGAGCUGAGCAGAACCUUAAUUGCAGGCAUAUAGUGGACGUGGUUAAGGUGGGUAUACAAGUCAAAGUUGGAGAUGAUGGCGUUCCAAAACAAAAAGACAUUGAGAACGCCUUACAAUUAAUGAUGGAAGAGGAAGAAGGCAAAAUGAUAAGGCAGCGAGUUCUAGAGCUCAAAUCGAUGGCGGCUGCAGCUGCUGUCCCCGGUGGAUCUUCAAGCACUUCCUUUCAAGAGCUGAUUAAUGAUCUGAAGUGUACAUAAUGUUGUUAUCACUCUUUAAACUGAGGGCCGCAGAACAGAUAAAAGAUACCCAUCCUCGUGGCUUGGAGAAGGUCGCAAUGCCUACUGUGAAUAUAAUGGUUCUGGGCCUAAUCACAACCACGUGUAUAUGUUAGGCCAACGAGCCUGAUUUCACUCUUCAACGCAGGUGCUGGCCAACUUAGGCACUUGAAUAAAACAUAGACAAAAGAUCAUAAGAAUCACAAUCCCAACUAAUGCGUUUUUCACUUAGUGCAGGACCUCGACAAUAUUGUAUUUAGGCAAUACUGUAAUAUUCGAAUCUCAUGUGAUUUCAGGCUCUUUAAGUAAUGAGAUUUCUUGUUCACUUCUGUUGAUUAAGAGUAAGGUG